UCCAAUGGUAUUACUCCGGCAUUAUAAAAGCAACAUGGAUAAAUCUUCAAAACUGCGAUUUAUCGACUUCAGUUUGGUUCUGUUCACUAUCGAAUAAGGAUGAAGUUCUGUACAGUAUUCCUGUUUCUGGUUUUAACUGUGUUUGCCUCUGUGGAGUCUAAGCGAUUCACAAAGUGUACCUUGGCGAGAGAACUGUUUCAACGUGGUAUCCCCAAGUCUGAGCUGCCCGACUGGGUCUGCUUGGUUCGCUGGGAGAGCAACUAUCAAACGAAUGCAAUGAACAAGAAUAACAGGGAUGGCAGUUGGGACUAUGGACUAUUUCAAAUCAACGAUAAAUGGUGGUGCAAAGGACAUAUUAAAUCUCAUAAUGCUUGCGGUUUGUCGUGCAAUGAACUCCUGAAGGAUGACAUAUCGAAGGCAGUUACUUGUGCAAGAUUGAUCAAACGUCAACAAGGCUUCAGGGCGUGGUAUGGCUGGUUGAAUCACUGUACAAAAGUCAAACCAUCUAUUCACGAAUGCUUUUGAAUAUUAUCAAUUACCUUUGGCUCGAAAUUCAUGUAAUCUCUAUACAUAAAAGCAAAUAAACUUAAUUAAAAUCUA